CCGAGCAACAGUUGUCUGAGCGACAGUACCACGGACACAUCACGCAAAGUUUAUUCGACCAAGGGUCCUGAUUCAACAGCGCCCCACGUUAAAAGGAGGAGAUCAUUUACUAGUUGGAUUUAAUCCUCCAGGCAGCCAUGGGGAAAGAACGCAUCCAGGGUUUGCUGUUGUUCAUGGCGUUCGUUCUUGUGCUUUCCUUCGCAGUUUUAGUCACCAGUACAGUAUAUCCGAGAGGAACGGGAGGAGGAUGCGAAGAUAAGGAAUCUUGUUUGCUGAGCCCAACCCUUGGGCGCAUAGAACUAGUGAGAGAGGCGUCUCUGGUGAUCAUCGCAGAAAAACACAAAAGCGUCCGGAAACACCACUUGAAGCAAUGGCCAACGAACGAGGAGUGGACAGCAAUCAUCGAGGCUCUCGGCAACAACGAGCAGCCAGAGUACGUGGCAAACCACGGCCUGACUGUCCAGCAGAUCCAGAAUGGGUCCUACGACUACUCCUACGGGAACGACGGCAUUUACCACAGCAAAAUGUACGGCAAGAUUCACACCAACGGCAACAGGGGUCACGCAGCGUCCAUGUACUUCCAGAUGGCCACCGGGAAGACGGGAACGCCCUCUCUCCAUUACGAGUCGGGAUUCGUCACCCUCAGUCAAAUUCACUUCCUGCAGGGAAGGGGUACCGCCCAAUGGAAGGGCAAGGCACAAGGGGCGUUCUUCAACAAAAACCACGACGGGAGCUACACCGUGUUCGCACUGGCCACCGGGACAGUCAAAGGCAGUUCCAAGGCCAUUUCCAGGACCACCAUGCAAGUCACGGAGUCAAUGUCGUCCACCAUGAACGCAACAAGUUUCACUGCGCAGUCGCACAGCGCAGCCACCACCAACUUCACAUUCAACGGCAAGGACAACGACAUGGCGAGUACAUCGAAAAUGUUCAUCAAGGUUUCAAACAAGUCCCCUGGUACGACGGAGACAUCGACCAGCAACAAGACCCUGAUGUUCAGGGGCUAUGCGAACGGCGAGUAUCCCAGAUACGGCCCAGGAGAUUAUGUGACCAGCUACAACGCGACCAUCUCUGGCUCCAUUCUGAAUUCGACGCUAGUGACCUACACCCGAGGACACACUUGGAUCACGUAUGCCGCUUUGAGCCCGGCUCAUUCCGCGACACUCCAUCACCUCAAUUUCUUGAUCUAGGUUUGGGACCAGCUUUCCACUUUCAGGAGAUAGACAAUAACAAUUGUCUUUAUUAAUUGGAACCCCAAGAUGUCUUCGUCAGCUCCAAACUAUUACCUUGAACGACAUCUACGGUAAAACACAUGAAAGAUCCUGAGUAA